CUUUCCUUCCACUUCAUUGGCUGGGAUGAUCCUUCCCUGUUGCUUCUGAUGUUUCUUUCUUUUUCUCAGUGUGUGCCUGCCUACCUGGACUAGGGGGAAGAUAAGCACUGCACUUUGACUAUGGAAGCAGAGGCUGUUGAUGGAUAUAUUACAUGUGACAAUGACUAUUCGCCUGAGAGGGAGCACUGCGGCAUGGCCAUCGACCUCACCUCUAGCACUCCCAAUGGGCAGCACACCUCCCCCUGUCACAUGGCAGGCACAAAUUCAGUAAAGCUAGAAAUGCAAAGUGAUGAGGAAUUUGACAGGAAGCCCCUGAUUCAUGAAGAUAUUAUCAGAGCUCACGAUGGAGGAAGCAGCCUGGAAGAUCCCUUCAUUGGGAGUAACGAGAUGGUGGAGAACAGAAAGAUGCAGGAGCUAUCAAGCGAGGGAGGAAUCCGGCUUCCCAAUGGUAAACUGAAAUGUGACGUCUGUGGCAUGGUUUGCAUUGGGCCCAAUGUGCUAAUGGUACAUAAAAGGAGCCACACUGGUGAACGCCCCUUCCACUGUAACCAAUGUGGAGCUUCUUUUACCCAGAAGGGGAACCUGCUGAGGCACAUCAAGUUGCACUCUGGGGAGAAACCGUUCAAAUGUCCCUUCUGUAGCUACGCCUGCCGGCGGAGGGACGCCCUCACAGGACACCUCAGGACACACUCUGUGGGGAAGCCUCACAAGUGCAACUACUGCGGCCGGAGCUACAAGCAGCGCAGUUCUCUGGAGGAGCACAAGGAACGCUGCCACAACUACCUGCAGAAUGUCAGUCUGGAGGCUGCUGGGCAGGUCAUGAGUCACCAUGUACCUGCUCUGGAAGAUUAAGAACAAGAGCCUGUGAUGGACAACAAUAUUUCUGUGGUGCCUUUUGAGAGACCUGCUGUUAUAGAGAAGCUGACAAGCAACAUGGGAAAGCGUAAAAGCUCCACCCCACAGAAGUUUGUGGGUGAAAAGUUCAUGAGAUUUGGCUAUCCAGAUAUCCCCUUUGAUAUGAACCUAAGCUAUGACAAGGAGGCUGAGCUGAUGCAGUCUCACAUGAUGGACCAAGCCAUCACCAAUGCAAUCACCUACCUUGGAGCUGAGGCACUUCACCCCCUGAUGCAGCACACACCGAGCACAAUCGCAGAGGUGGCCCCGGUCAUCAGCUCAGCUUACGCUCAGGUCUAUCAUCCCAGCAGGAUAGAGAGGCCCAUCAGCAGGGAAACGGCCGACAGCCACGAGAACAACAUGGAUGGCCCCAUCUCCCUCAUCAGACCAAAGAGUCGAAUCCAGGAUAGAGAGGGCUCCCCCAGCAAUAGCUGCCUGGAUUCUACUGACUCAGACAGCAGCCACGACGACCGCCAGUCCUACCCAGGAAACGCUGCCUUAACCCCCAAGAUCAAGCCAAACCCGGCUUAUGUGAAGGAGGAGGCCAAGCCUUUGGAUGUCACCAAAGCUUCUAAGGGCUCUUUAAAGGAUAUGUACAAGGUGAUCAACGGAGAAGGGGAGCAGAUUAGGGCUUUCAAGUGCGAGCACUGUCGCGUCCUCUUCCUGGACCAUGUCAUGUACACCAUCCACAUGGGCUGCCACGGCUACCGGGACCCGCUGGAGUGCAACAUCUGUGGCUACCGGAGCCAGGACCGCUAUGAGUUCUCGUCGCACAUAGUCCGGGGGGAGCACACAUUCCGCUAGGCCUUCUCAUCCAAAGGGGACUCCUAUGAAGUACAAGAACUGCACAUGAAGAAAUACUGCACUUACAAUCCCACUUUUCCUCAGACAUUGAGACGCCUAUUUUGUUGUUGUUGCUGUUGUUGUUGUUGCCGUUGUUUAAUUAUUAUUAUUAACCUUAUUUUUUUGUGGACCCAACCUCAUUUGCUCUGCCCAGCUUAAGAAUGGAGAGAAGGAAGGGAAUGGAUAAAGCAGGGGUUUGUUGUGGCAAUCAGUUUUUGGGGAGUGACUUGCCUUGCUUGCUGUGGGAGUCAGAAGGCAGUCUGUGUCUGUCUCAGUCAGUUGUACACCGUGUCCUCUUUUGGGAUGUCACUCAACCAUGCCAGGUGCUUUCAAGUCCCAACAAGAUGCCACUCAUUUGGAAUUUCAGAGGAAUAGGUAGAAACAUUUCAGAGGAGAGCCUUUUUCUAAUGUGAAGAUACGGUGGCUGGAGGAAAGGGGGGGAACUUUGUUCUGCAGAAUGAACAAUUAUUUUUAAAGCAAAACUGGUAGGGAGUUAGGAGCGUGAAUCAAAGUCAAUAUUCCUCUCAAAAUUACUUUCAAGGGUGAGCUGUUUUCCUGGGUUCAGUGUGUAUUGCCCCUCUAGAAUGUAAAUAAAUGAAAAAAGAAAAAAAAGAAAUGUAUGUCUUAACACUGUACCACCUUAUAGCAGUUUAGUUUCAUGAGUCUGAGGGCCUUCUGUGGAAAGUUUAAGGCUUGGUGUUUUUAUUUUUCCUUAGCUUAUGAAGCACCUUUUUUUAGAACUGUUGAUAUUCUGUUACUCCAUGCCUAUGUGUUGUCUCACUGGCUUCUUAGAGACCCUUGGGAGCCUUAUUUCUUUAGUUGCACCCUAAGUUUUAAGAAAGAACAUUUAGAAAUAACAUUUAAACUUGCUUCUAGGGCAGUAAGUGGCCUAGGAGUGGGUGAGAGUCUGUAGUUUACUCAAGAGGUUCUGCUGCUCUUCAGAAAUACUUUUGGGUUAAAAUUAUGGAUUUAAAAAUGGCAAAAGGUACUAGUAGCUAAAGAACACUAAAAGUGUUCUUUAAAUAUAGGUAUAUAGAGAUACAUAAUGAUGUAAAUACUUUCUCAUUCUACUAUCACAGUGUUAACCUCUUGGCAGCAGCCUAAACUAAGACUUGCAGCUGGGAAAGCGUUAGGAGCCAGAUCCUUGGCCAGCAUUAAUCCUCUUGGCUCCAUUGAAUUUAAUGGAACUGCCCCAACUAUUUCAGCUACAUCAGGAUCCCAGCCUUGACUCUUUUUUCUCUUCUUGACUUCUUACUUCCUAAUUUGCUGAACCACUGACUUCCUUUUGUUUGUACAUCAUCAGUUCUGCUGGAUUUAGGGGUGAAAGUAUUAGCAGGUUUUGCUGGAUAGGCUUUGCUCCUGGUGAGCACAGAAACCCAGCAAACCAACAGGUCACAAAUGAUCUUCCCUGCUUCUUCAGAAAGGGAUGAGUGGAGAUGUAGGUGCUGUGUAUUGAUUUGGACUUAAAGAUCUCUUUUUUUUUCCUAAUUUAAUAAUUUCCCUGUAGAGAAAGCAAAUGGAGAAGCACACUCCAGAGAGAGUCCUUGAGCUACAAACUGGACAAGAAAACAAGUCCACUGAUCUGUUUUGUUUCCUUUCUUUCUCUCUCAGUAAAUAACAAAGCCAGCAACCACCCUGCAAGUUGCAUCAGUAAAAACUGGGCUUAAACCUACAGGACAGAUUGCCAUUGAAACCCAACUGUUUGUACCAAUCACAAUUGAAAUGUUGUUGUUUGGCAACAAGAGCACAGCUUGAGAAUGGAAAGAUCUGGAUGGGUUUAACCCCCUCAGCACACACGGUCUGCAUGUGCCUGGGGAGACCUUUUCCAAAGGAUAAAGUUACUAAAGUAUAAAAGAGAGAGCAAGAUCAGGCCAGAAUGAAUUCCCAUCUGCUCCCUCCAAUCUGUGCACUUGAUGCAUAUGCCAGUUUGCUGUUCGUUUGGAGGGUACUGGGUUGUUUUUUUUUUCUUCUUCUCUUCCCUAGACCUGGAGCAUUUGAAAGUAGGAGCUGAAAGGUAUUGAUUGAAAUCUUUUUAUGGUGACAUUCUUGGCAGCUAGAACCUGUGUUUAGAAAGAAUACAGUAGAUCAUGGCCAGAUUACCUGAUGACUGCUUCCCAGCACUGCAAUGCUAUUAAGUAGGAGCUGGUAAAGUCUUGCAGUAGCCUAUUAAUUAUAAUACAAUAUGGAGAGAAAUGUCAUCUUGUGUAAUGUGAGACCUAUCAAGGCUGGGAAUAUGCAGGCUUUGGAGAGACAGAUUUAAAGAUCUAUUCCCAACAUUGUUCUUAAUGUCGUUGGGUUCCUCCCCCUCCUUCUUUCUUCACCCUAAUGUAGAGGAAACUGGGACAAAUGAACCAGUGCCAUCCUCUGAACCAUUCUCAUUGUCUUGUGCCUGGUGCAGCCAAAGAGUUUGUGCAGAAGAAGAGCAGGGAGAUGCUGGAGGGCAUCACUUUUAUUCUGUGUGCCUGAUUCUCUGCAGUGAGGGAGGUGGGCUUAGGAGGCGGCCGGCCGUGCUUCGUGUCAGGGUGUGCCUGGAAACUGAGAAAAGAAAAAAGUGGUGGUGAUUUACUGAGGCAGGGAAGGUCAUUUAACAACAAGGUGGAAACUGAAAGAUUCUUGGGCCUUGAGGGUUGCUGGGCUUUCCUGAGCCUCCAGAAAAACACAUGCCCAAGCUAGAGAGAAAGGUUGCCGGCAAAUCCUUUCAGUCUCCGGGGGAAACACUCUGUUCUCCCCUCUGUGGUCAGAGAAAGAACAUUGGGCUGUGGUUUCUUGGAAUAGCUAGCACUAGGGAAGAAGUGUUUAAAAUGUCUGCCUUUGUUUGGGAAAGCACCAGAAUACGGGAAAGGUAGAGAAUCUCUUGUGUAUGCACAGAUCAGUUGGCUGCAAUUCCAUCAGCAGUUGGUUAGUGUGCCCUUGGCUCGCUGAUAUCUCACUGCUGCCUCCAGCAAGGUGUGUUCUGUGGGGGUUUGAAGGACCACAGCGGAGACCCACUGAUUUUGGAACUGGCUUCUUGAUCUAAUGGUGGCAGGUGAGGUCUGUGUGUCCUGGUGUCACAGGCACUGAGGGAUAAUCAUAGAGAAACUCCUUUUUUUGGAGAGGAAGAAACUUGAGGGGUCACCUUGGUUUUUUAUUAUCAAUGUCCUUUUGUAAACAUUCACAGGAGAUUUUUAUCCCAGAGUUAGGAAAAGAAGAAAGAUUAAAUUCUAGUUCAAAUUUUGAACAACAAUUUGAAUUAAUAUGUACUUUAGAGUUCAAUUCCUACUGAAAAUUAUUGGAGAGCUUUAUGUAAUGCAGUGUGUUCCUUCACAGAAGUGAGCAAAAUGGGGCAGCAGAGAUUUCUUUGGGUGUUUUUUCUUGCUUGCUCUUUGCAAGAAUUGGAUUUCUAAGAAAAGCUCUUGAGUUUCAUCAAGUUCAUUAGUCAUUCAUAGUGUACUAGGAAUUUCAGUAGCUAAUCCUUGGCCUCUAAAUCCGUUUGUUCUGAGUAUUUGGUGCUGGAAAUCAAAUCUGGCUGAUUUUUAUUGGACUCUUUUGAAAUUCUUGGAAUUGGGUUUCCGGUUAGAAACACGAAUUUGCAAAUUUAGAGUUGACUUCCUGUGAGCAUUCCUCAUUUUAAUUUAAAUUAAAAAAAAAAGUCUGGGCACUUGUCUGCCAGUAAACCCUUUUGCUUCUUUUACAUCAAAAAUGGCAAUAUUCUGACUCAGUUCAGAGAUUACAAACCUAUUAAUUUAAAGAGAAGUGUGACUGCUUAUUCUGCUCUUGGUGUGAUCCAUCUCCUUGGAGCAAAGGGCAUUAUCUAUAUAUCUGCAGUUAUGACUGAUUAAUUUUACAGCCACCUCUCUUUGUAAUCAGUUAGGAGUGCACAUCAAAAUAUAUUGCAUUUUUCAGGAAAGCCUGCUCUUUACUCAGUAACUUAUGGGAUUAAAAUCAUUUUAUUCUCCUUAAAAAGUGUUUUCAUCCAUGAUGUGAUGUGAAAGGUGUCUAGGCAUUAACCUGGUCUGCAACAGAGAGGAAGAUUUUAAAUGGCUUAAUGGGCCUGAUUUUUAGUGGUACUGGUUUCUACAAUGUAAUACCCAGCUCACAAAGUAGCCAUGAGGACCUAAAGUAUGUUUACUGCAAGGUGAAGAAAUUCUCAAUUGUCAGAGUUUGCAAAUUUCUUUCUGUUUACAAGGGCUUCCCUAAAUUUGUGGCAGGAGGUCAGGAAUGAAUCCCAACCCUUCAAAACUGGGCUUUCAUGGGGCAUUAUUGCCCAGGCCCUGGGCUAGCUUGGUCUGAUUUGAAAGAAGCCAGCCCACAGACACUCCUUCCUCCAGAGAGAAACUUUGGAGAUAACUGCAGCAAAGGUGCUCAUUUCAGCCAAGGGCAGGAGCUACAGCAAUGCAGUUCCUUCACUGGAUAAAUUCCUUUCCUUAACUCUUGCUGUGCUUUUUAAUGCACUGAGGGAGGCUGCCAGAGUCACACCUAAAGUCAGUGUGGGAUUUUAGGAAAAGGGUGAUGAAAUUGGCUUUUCUGCUAGUAAUUCACAUGCUUAAUAGCAUUUAAAAACAAAAGUGGAUGGCCUGUGGUCUGGGGCAGCUGGAGAGCUUGAGAAAGUACAUUUAUAUAUAUAUAUAUAUAUAUAUGGUAUUGUGUAGUUAGAGGUAUGCUUUAUUGUAUAUGUGCCUUUUCCAAAUGCAUUUUGGGAGAUCCUGAUGUCGUUUGUGAUAUCCUAGCAGACCCUUCCAGAAUGCACAACAAAAACCAACCCAAAGGAAACAUCCCUCCUCCUGCUCUGCACCCUGGUCAGUGCUUUGCUGGGAGAUUUCCUGGAGUCAGACAGCUUUUAGGAGUGGGAAGGGCUGAAAAUUCCCCCAGUAAAGUUCAUUCCAGCUAUCCAGCCAGAGCUGGUCUGCAGCUGGUCCCAGGGAGCACAGCAUCCAGGGUGCCCCCAGCUGCACCCUGCCCUACAGAGCCAGGGAAGCUUCUCCUGAUUCCUCCCUCUCAGUGCUAAAAGUAAAGCACCCUUGGAAGUGGAAUUUGCUCUGCUUUAGAGUUCCCACCUAGGACUGGGAGCAGGCUUUAAAGCACUUGCUUCUUGCUUCAGCCUGGAAAAACAAAUGUGGUGAGUCCUUUGGAAGCGGUUUGCAAGUUUGCCUGUCAGGCUGCUGCCAGCCCAGGAACUGGCACAGAGACCAGAGAACUCAUCAGCAGGAGGCACUCAGGGGGCUCAGGAGCUGGAGCACUGCUGGGACGAGCACAGAGCCAGUUCUGGGACUUUCCCAGGGCUUGGUGACCUGGUUUCAGGUGCAGUUGUUCCCCCUGCAGGGCUGCAGGGCUGAGUGUGCCAGCACAGCCAAGGCAGCAGGGCCACCACGGGCAAGGUGGCUGUGCCAGCAGGUUUUGGGCAGAGCCUGAGCCCAGCAGCAGCCCAGAGCCACCUCCUUGGCAAUGCUCUGCUGGGCCCAGGCCAAGGCAGCCAGAGAGGGGUGCUGAGGGGAGCAGCUAGGUAGAAAAGAGCUGGAAUUUGCUUCAGAGUGAAUAGAUUCCCUUUUAUCCCAUUGAUGUGUUCUGAGAUGUAAGCAAAGGAGAACAUCACUGCUUUCCAGUUUGGUUUCUAAUUUGACCUCCUUGUGUCCUUCUCCUACCCAGCUCUGAAAUGUGCAGAGGACAGUCAGGAGGAGGGCUGGGCUCAGGCUUUGCUGUGCUGCAUGCUUAACAGGCCAAGGAAACAGUAAAACCAGUCUCUGUAAAAUUCACCUGCCUUCCCAGUUGAUUGUGCAGAUUCCUGGUUCCUGUUCACUCCCAGCCUUUGGAAAGGUGGUUAUCAGUGUGCACACUUGGGUCCUCAUCUUUGAAGAUAACUUCCCAUGCUAUCUCCUGUACAAACUUCUCCUUUUCAUCUUGGGGCCUAAUAAUCAGUGGACAGAAACAACCAUUUCAACAGAAACCUGCAUAGUUGCAGUAAAACUAAUAUUUUUUUACUGUUGGGAAAAAAACCCACAAAAAAAACUGUGAUAUUUUGACUAGCAGUACUAGGUGAAAUAUUUCAACAGAGUGAAUGACAAUGAAGUUCAUCAGAUCAUGUCUUGAGAGGGGCUGGUACCAUGAGGAGCCUGUUGGGAGAAAGGGAGCAGCCUGGCCAAAGCUGGGGCCAGCACUUCCUUUCCAUGGCAGGUGUUGGUUUAGGUGACUGCACUGCAGCCCAGGAAAACAUCUGAGCACCAUCAGCCACCCUUUGGCUCUGGCCAUGCACAGGAGCUCUGCAGCUGGCUGUGUGCCUGAUCACUGCCCUCCCUGUGGGAUCAGGGUGCAGCACAGCAGCUCUGGGCAGGACUGGCUCCUGGUGCUGGAGGUGUUCCCUUAUUCCAUGUAAGAGCCUUAAUCCCUGGCCCUUGGUGGGACCUGGGUACCCCCAGGCUCUGUCUGGGUCACCAGGCUGGAUAAAGGAUGGGAACCUCCCAUCCCAGCUCUCCUUACAGGCACAACUGGGCCAGUUUGCAGUAAAUUGGGCCAUUUAGUUUUACCUCAAGUGACAUUGAGUAAGAAAAGCUUCUUGCAGGGCUGGAGGUCACUGAGUCCCUACUAUGCACUUCCUGGGAUUUGACUUUGCUUACUGGAAAUGGAUGUUGGUUCCUGAACACACUGGAACAAGGGAAGGACUUUUUUUUUUUGGGGGGUAGUUUUUGUAGUCAUUCAGAUUCUGAAACUGUGAUCAAUUAUUUGACGAAUUGUCAAGUGUCCUCAGAGCUUGAACACGUUCACUUCCUCACCAUGUAGCAGUCUCCUCUGGCUUUCUGUGCUUUUCUCUUUCCCCCUUUUCCUUCUUGGAGCUUUAAGUCUGGGCCUGCUCUUAUCUCCUGUAGCUUUGGGCUGUCUAGGGGUAUGGGGGGUGGAUUUUGGGUUUUUUUUUUGUUCAUUGGCUGUACAGUCUGUUUACAUAUUUUUGUACUCAAGUGUAGUUUUUUAUUAAAAACAGAAAAAAGAAAAAAAAAAGUCGAUUUGAGAAAAAAAAAAUAAGGUACGUGCUCUUUGUAACACUUUAAAGAUCUAGGGUACCUUUGAGAUGACUCUACAGUGAUGUAAUUAUAAUACUGUAUAUUUGCCUUCCUUUUUAGUUGGUUUUAUUUUCUGUUUUGUUUUGGUUUUUUUUUUCCUAAAAUAUAUAUCUUUUUAUGAGAAACUGGAAACUUUUAAUGCAAAUGUUUAGAAAGAUUUAAAAUUGUAAAGUUAAAAAAAAAAAAAGUCAUAUAAUUUUUUUUUUCCUGUUGGAAGAAAAUGCUUUAAAAAAAAAAGUUUUACUACUGUUAUAUUCCAGGGUGGGGGUUACCAACCCCAGAUUUGCUUCUUAUGCUUCAUUCUUGGAUCCUGCUUUCUAAACAUGAUCAUUGCAGCCGUGGAUGAUUUCCUUGUAUUAAUUCUUAAAACAAAAAUCGCCAACAUUUGGGUUAUUUUUCUGUUCAAGUGCAAUACUUACCCUGACAUCUUAUUAAUGGACAGUGGUUUCUGUGUUCCUUCCUCAGUCCACACAAAUCAGUGAAACAAAAUGCUCUGCCCUGAAUGCAUUUAAAGAUAUGGUUCAAGGAAACUGAUUGUGACUGACAAAUAUGAGAAACUGUAAAUUAAGGCUAAAGGCCAUAAUUGACCUCCUGCUUGUUGUUGGCAUUGACACACAUCCACAUCCAGAAUUAAGGACAUACCUGUCCUUGACUCUUCCUCCCUCUUCUUUUCUAAUUGCAGCUUUUUUAAGAAAAGCACUUAAUAUCGAUGUUUAUUAAAAAUGACAAAAAAAUAAAAAGAUCUUUUGUUCUGAUCCAAAACCCACUCAGUGGAGACUCCUGUUGACUUUGAGGAUGGAUUUUGGAUUAGGUUUAAUCUCUUAGCUAGGGCAAAACUGCCCUUUACUCUAGGGAGAGAUUUGCCUGCGUAAGAAUUACAGGACUCAUGUCUUUUAUCUACCUGAGAGACCAGAAAAGCUUCUUUAGAGUUGUCCUUGUCUUAUAUAAGUUUAGAUGGGACUUGUUUUACAUAUCCUACGUAUUUAUAUAUAGUGUAUUUUUAAUGCCUUCCCUCCCAGCCCCAGUAGACUGAAGCCGCUGUUGUGUAAAUAUGUAUUUAGGUACCUGAUAAAAAAAGGAAUAAAAUCCCAUUGAGACUUCUUGGAAAGGCAGUUACUGCGCAUGCACAGUAGCCACUUUUGUCUUUUAAAUUUCUAUUUAAGAGAUUUCUUUUUAAUAAUAACCAAGGUUAGGAGACUGUAUCCCCUUCUGCUUGAUUGCCAAAAUCAUUGCCCAGCCCCUGGUGUCCGAGCUGAAGAAGAACAAGACCACAGCUUCUCCUGACCACUGCCCUGGGAAAUGACCCCCUUUUUUCUCCCAGGUGGAAGAAUUUUUAGUUCUGUGAUUGAUCUUCUGAGCUCAAACUGAGGAAUCUUUUAAAUUAAAAAAAAAAUUUAAAAAAUUAAAAAGACAUCACAGUUUACUCCAAAAGCCAGUGAAGACACUGGGAGUUGUCCCACUUCUUUAUGUGUUCAUUGGAAGGUGCUCUUAUAAAAGGAGUUCAGAAACAAUCCCUUUGACAGUGGUGCAUGUGAGCAACCCUAAUGUAAACCUGUAUCCCCCUGCUAAAAGAGUUUUGCCGCUAUAGACUGAACUAUGGGACUUGUUGUUAUUUUUAUUUUCUUCUUAGCAGACAUGCAUACAUAUGGUUGCACAUCUGUAUGUGUGUGCUCUGUACCUGUGUGAGUGUUGUACAGCCAUGUGAGAGUGGGAGUCCGUGUGUGUGUGCGUGUAUAAAUAAAAGAAGCUGCAGAAACUUUGUAAUACUUUGUGAAAAGGAUUAUAUUAUAAAGGUUUGUACUGUCUUGAGUGCACAGCUACUGGAAUAAAUGUAGGGAAUCUCAGGAACAAGCAUAUAAUUUGUCCAAGAAUUAUUUCUUCUCAGAAGUGUAAGUGCAGUUUUUAAUUCUGUAUAUUAUUUAAUAUUUUACCAAUAAAAAUAAACUUCUGACAUGAAAGGGUUUUCCAUUCAA